AUGCCCUCCCCAUCACUGAGGCGGCCCCAGCACCGCCAUGUGCGCAGUGUGGAUCUACACGCUGGAACGCUCUCCCCACCUCUGACAUGGCACCUGACAACCAAAUGGCAAGGCGCUGUGCAGUGGCUUUCUCAGCCUUUGAGUAAUGGGCCAGCAGCAGACGUGCAGUUUGCAGCCGUUGUGGUCACUGCCUGCACGCAUUCCGAGGCUGCCGGGCCCCGAGUCACAGUCAAGACGAGACCUGCCCGACGGGCUCUGUGGGAGGCCGCCGGGAACCGGGCGCCCUGGGCGGUUGAUCACGGGCAGCCUCCGUCCUCCGUGAGGACGCGGCUGUGCGCCCGGGCCGUAACCUGCGGCCGUUCUGGCGGCCGAGCUGCGCGCUGUCCUCUGUCGUCCAGGCCCGGGGACCGCGUGGAAAUGCCCAAACAGCGCCCGCUAGCGGCGGCUGGACAGCACCGCCGAAGAUCAACAGUCUGGGGGGCCCAGAACCCAGGCCCCAGUCCAAGUCCCAACUCCUGCUCAAACCCGAACCCUGGAGUUGGCUUCCUGAACUCCCAGCAAUCGCUGCUGAAUCAGCAGCUGAUGGGGAAGAAGCAGACCCUGCAGAGGCAGGCCACGGAGCGGAAGCAGCAGCUCCUCCUUCAGCAGCAGAGACUGGCUGACACGGAGAAAAUUGCACCACAAGAUCAGAUAAACCGACAUUUGACAAGGCUGCCCCCAGACUACAAAGACCAAAGAAGAAAUGUGGGCAGCCUACAGCCAGCGGCCCAGUAUUCUGGUGGCCCAUCGACAGUGAGUUUAAACUCCAACCAGGCUUUGACAAACCCAGUUUCAACACACACCAUUUUGACUUCAAAUUCCAGCCUCAUGUCUACUUCCCAGGGGACAAAAAUGCCAUCAUUAUCCACAGCAGUUCAGAACAUUGGGAUGUAUGGAAAUCUGCCCUGUAAUCAGCCUGGCACGUUCAACGUCACUUCAGGGAUGAAUCAACUGACACGACAGAGAAACCCAAGUCAACUGAUAACAAAUCAAAACAGCCCUCUGAUGCCACGGCCACCCACCUUAGGGCCAAAUAACAACAACAACGUCACCACUUUUGGAGCCGGGGCUAUUGGUAGUUCACCACAACUGAGACCAAAUUUAACCCACAAUAUGGCAGGCGUGCCAGCUCAGAGAACACCAAAUAUAAUGAUCACAUCCAACACAAUAGCACCAAACUGGGCUUCUCAAGAGGUGACAACCAAACAGCAGGAAGCCCUGAAGUCCACAGGAGUCCGCUUCCCCACAGGUGCACCUGCAGCCUAUACCCCAAACCAGCCCUUGCAGCAGACAGUAGGAAGCCAGCAAUUUUCCCAAAGGGCAGCAGCACCUCCUAACCAGCUAACACCAGCAGUACAAAUGAGACCCAUGAACCAAAUGAACCAAACUUUGAAUGGGCAGACCAUGGGACCCCUCAGGGGUCUGAAUCUCAGGCCCAAUCAGAUAAGCACACAGAUGUUGUCUAAUUUGAACCCAUCAGGAGCAGGGUUGAGUCAAUCAAGGACGGGUAUUAGCCAAACAACAUCCCUGACUCCCAACAAUUUUCCUUCAUCCACCCAAGGUUCCAGGGCUUUUCAAGGAGCUGACCAGGGCAGUGACUUGGCUUUUGACUUCCUCAGCCCGCAGACUGACAACAUGGGCCCAAGCCUGAACAGUGAUGCUGACUUCAUUGAUUCUUUGUUGAAGACAGAACCUGGCAAUGAUGACUGGAUGAAAGACAUCAAUCUUGAUGAAAUCUUGGGGAGCAACUCCUGA